AUGUUUCGCUUAUUCUUUGUGUUGGCUCUUGCCUUUUUGUUGAGUUCCUUCGCGAGUUCACAAAAGAAAUCUGCUAAUCAGGUAACCAAAUUGAUAACUAGGCUUAAAGUAAUUGUCGUCAAAUCGGAAUUCGAGUGAAAGUGAGAAUUUUUGUGUUUUGCUCAAGCGUGUAACUUCCCAACAACCCCUUCAUUUCAUAACUCAUGGGCACACUGUUCGUUUUUCAACAGAGUCAUAGAACAACGACGAAAUCAAAUUGCUGUGCUUCACAAGCUGGUUACUGUAAAGAUGGUGAGUGAAACUUCGAACAAUAAUCCCACCUUUUUCAGUUCAUUUACAAUUUUAAUUUAGAAUAAUAAUAAAAUACUUCAGUACUCGAAACGCGCAUAUAUUUAUUUACAUCUGCUCAUAUGGGCGAGAAAGAAAAAAAUUCGAGUUUCUUCGCUGAUGUACUUGUUUCUGUUAAUUUCUGCACAGGAAAAGACGGAAAAGAUGGACAAAACGGUGAGUGUGCAAAAGUUACUUUAUGGUUCAUUUAUCAAGUUAUUGACUUAAAAACAAAUGACUUUUCACGAUAAAAAAUAAACUGUUUAUCUACCUACCUAACAUAAGAAAAUUGAUUUGCUUUUUACGCCAGGAAAAGAUGGACGCGAUGGAAUAAACGGU